AUGAAAGUUUUAUUAUUAUUGGUUUGUUUAGUUUUUGCUUAUGUUAAUGCAAGUUAUGAUGCAUGUUACAAUGUAGUUUGUCCAAGUAACUAUCAAUGUAGAGCUGAAGGUGAUCAAGCUUAUUGUGUACCAGAACAUCAUGAGUAUGGUUGUGAUAGACAUUCAUGUGGUCGUGGUUAUGAAUGUGUUGAGCGUUGGGAUUCCUUUUGUUGUAAACCAAUUCAUCACCGUCCACACCCACACCCACGUCCACCACAUCCACACCCACGUCCAACCAAUUGUGAUUACACUUCUUGCCCAAGAGAAUUUGAUUGUCAUGUAAUCAAUAGAAAUGUCACUGCUUGUUUACCAGAUAACCAUGUUUGCAGAGAUUUCCAAUGUCCAGUAGGUACUCAUUGUUUCAAUGGUGAAAGAGGUCCACACUGUGUAAGUGAUACUCAUUAUCCAAAUUUAUGUCGUGUAACCAAAUGUUCAUAUGAUUUCACUUGUAAAAUGGUUAGAGGUAAUCCAACUUGUUUAAGAAAUCAUGAUGGUAUUUCAACCCAUUCUCCAACCCAUACCCCAACCCAUUCUCCAACCACCUCUCCAACUCAUUGUCCAUCUUGUACCGAAUUAGCUCCAUUUUGUCAUUCUGCAGGUUUGGUUUGUAGAACUAUUCUUAAUCCAUCUUGUGUUUCUGCAGUAAGAGGUAUCAUCAAUACUAGAUCUUGUUGUACCUAUAUUGCAGUAUGUGCUUCAAAUUCAACUUCAACAACUGGCGCUACUACUGGUGCUACUACACCCACAAGCACAACUGGUGCUGCAACUACCGCUGCUGCUACUACCACUACAGCCACAAGUACAACUGGUGCUGCAACCACUGCCCCAGCAACUACUACAACCACAAGUACAACUGGUGCUGCAACUACUGCCCCAGCAACUACAACCACAAGUACAACUGGUGCUGCAACCACUGCCCCAGCAACUACUACAACCACAGCCACAACUAUAGUAGGUGUUACCACUGCUAAUUCAGUAGGUGGUUUAACUACUACUAGAGCAACAACAGUUGCUGGUGUCACUACUGCUAAUUCAGUAGGUGGUUUAACUACUGCCGGCAUUACAACAGUUGCUGGUGCCACUACUGGUAAUUCAGUAGGUGGUUUAACUACUGCUAGAGCAACAACAGUUGCUGAUGUCACUACUGCUAAUUCAGUAGGUGGUUUAACUACUGCCGGCGUUACAACAGUUGCUGGUGCCACUACUGGUAAUUCAGUAGGUGGUUUAACUACUGCUAGAGCAACAACAGUUGCUGAUGUCACUACUGCUAAUUCAGUAGGUGGUUUAACUACUUCUAGAGCAACAACAAUUGCUGGUGCCACUACUGCCAAUUCAAUAGGUGGUUUGACAAAUUAA